CAAGUGGCUAUAGAGAGAGAGAGAGAGAUAGCAACCACAUCACAAGCUUCCUCUUCACAGCCCUUCUCUGUGCCCUAGAUUUCGAGCGAGCGGGAGAUUUCUAGAUUGAGAGCAGCUUCGACCUUCGAGCUUCUCCCAGUUCGUCGUUUUCUCUCCCUUCUUCAAGCUUCGUCACCAGAGAUUCUUGGCAUUUGGUGUUGAAGUAAUGGACUUUGAUGAGUAUGACUACUUAGAGAAGACAGUUGAGAAUCCUCAGCUGGAGAACGAAGUUGGAAAUGGUGGUGGGGAUGAGAAACCCAAAUCUGAAGUGAAAGAGCGGAGUAGAAGCUCAAGGCAUAGGAGUGAUGAAGACGAUGAUGGUCGGCGUUCUAAGCGCUCGAGGUCCCACCACCGUUCACGAUCUAGAGACAGAGAAAGGGAUAGGCAUAGAAGUAGCCGGGACCACAGAGAAAGAGAGAGAGGUGGUAGGGAUCGCGAGAAGGAUAGAGAUAAAGAAGAAAGAAAUGGGAAAGAGAGGGAAGGGGGCAAAGACAAGGAUCGUGACAGUAAAGUGCGUGGCCAUGAAAAAGAUCGGGACAGAGAUCGAUCACGUCGAAGCAGAAGUAGAUCAGAGAGACGUCGGAGUCAGGAAAGAGAAAAGAGCCAGGAGAUAGAAACUAAGGAAAGAGACACCAAGGACCGUGAUAGAGAUCGCAGGUUCAUAAUGCUAUUAGGUUCAUUGGUAUUGCCUUCUGUACAACUUGAUGGGGCUCUUCCCUGCAGGGCCAUCUCAUGCUUCACACGCCACAAAGAUAAAAAGGAGGAUAAAGUAGAGCCUGAGGCUGAUCCUGAAAGAGACCAGAGGACAGUUUUUGCCUAUCAGAUUGCUUUGAGGGCAACUGAAAGGGAUGUUUAUGAAUUCUUCUCGAGAGCUGGAAAGGUACGAGAUGUGCGGAUAAUUAUGGAUCGAAUUUCCAGGCGUUCAAGAGGAAUCGGGUAUGUGGAGUUUUAUGAAACAAUGUCAGUCCCUAUGGCUAUUGCUCUAUCUGGACAGCCUCUUCUUGGUCAGCCUGUUAUGGUAAAACCAUCUGAAGCUGAGAAGAAUCUUGUUCAGUCAACAACUGCUGCUGCUGGAGCAGGAGGGAUGCUGGGUCCCUAUUCUGGUGGAGCCAGACGUCUUUAUGUUGGUAACCUGCAUAUUAACAUGUCAGAAGAUGAUCUGCGAAAGGUUUUUGAAUCAUUUGGGAGUGUCGAGCUGGUACAAGUACCUCGUGACGAAACUGGCCAUUGCAAAGGAUUUGGUUUUGUUCAGUUUGCUCGCCUGGAGGAUGCUAGGAAUGCAGUGAAUCUGAAUGGGCAGUUGGAGAUUGCAGGUCGUGCAAUCAAGGUGUCAGCUGUAACAGAUCAAACUGAAGUCCCAGACGCUGGACAAGCGCAAAACACGGGUGAUCUGGAUGAUGAUGAUGGGGCGGGCCUGUCUCUGAAUGCACAAUCGCGGGCUGCACUCAUGAUGAAGCUCGAUCGCAGUGGAACUGCAUCAAGCACUGGCCUUACUGCAGUUCCUUCUAUUCUCGGUGCAACUUCGACCGUCUCUCCGCUUGUGGCUCCUCUUGUACAAGGGGGUUUCCCUGCUGUUGCUGGACUCGCAGGGCUCGGUGUAAAUGUUCCAGCUGUUGUCGACCCAGUUGGUGUCCCCAGCGAAUGUCUACUGCUUAAAAACAUGUUUGAUCCAUCCACAGAGACUGAACUUAAUUUUGACGAGGACAUCGAGGAAGAUGUUCGAGAUGAAUGCUCCAAGUUCGGAAAACUGAAUCAUAUCUUUGUUGACAAGAACAGCAUGGGUUUUGUCUACUUGAGAUUUGAGAAUGCACAAGCAGCAAUGGGAGCGCAACGUGCUCUCCAUGGAAGAUGGUUUGCCGGGAAGAUGAUUACAGCUACUUACAUGACUACAGAGACUUACGAGGCCAAGUUCCCUCAGAGUAAGUAGAGAGCUUCAUGAGAACGUAAGCCUGGGAAAAAAAAUUAAGGUUUGUAUUCUGGUGGAGCAGAGAAACAGUUUUUUUAGUAUGGACUUUCUAGCGUAUUUAAGAUAAUGAAGCUUUUGUCUUAUGGCUAUUAAAGAAAUCCAAAUCUUUGACUAACGUUUCUUGUAUUAUUAAACUCGGUAUUGUAUUGUGUGUGUUGGUUGCUUUC